AUGUCAAAAGACUGUGAAAUUUUAAACAGGUUUCUUGAGGAAAUUCACGAGGAAAAGUGUGUGUUUAAAGUUUCCAAGGAGGUCGUGAAUGAUUUAAAAGAAGCUGUCGAGGAACUGGUGAGAAAAUUUGUGCAUAAAGUUUCCUUCGCAACGGCGUAUCCCUUGUUCAGCGGAUCGAAGAUUCUUUCUCGGGGUAGUUUUUAUGAAGGGACAAAGGUAGAGGAACCCAACGAGUUUGACUUUCUGGUUGAACUUGACGUGUUAUCUCAACCCGGUCGUGUGGGAUUCCGCAGUGAAUGUCUCGACUGUCCCGGCUACACUCAUGUCCUGUUUACUGACCCCGAGCUUCAAAGAAUGAACGCCGAGUUAGAAAGCUCACCCAAAGAUAAUUUUUUACGCCCUUACACAAUAAGCAGUUACUACCGACGCUGUCUGGAGGAAGCUUACAGGAAACUUUUCACUGGCAGUUGGUGCAGGCCGGAUGAUGUGAGAAUUGACAAGGGGUGCGGCUUUCUACGUCUGCAAGAGCAUAUCUCGACUAACUGGGGACCGAACACAUUAGUGAAGUUAGUAUGGACAACAAAAACACUUCCCGACGACAACAUUUUGAAAUGUAUUGUGCUGACCGUGGAUAUAACACCAGCAAUCGUCUACCGUCCGCCAGAGUGUAAUCCAGAUAGCGCAGGCGCAGACAAACACUGCCAUGUGGUACCGGCUAGAAACGAUAUUUGCAAACAUGGUUCAUCAACUAUAUGUUGUUGCUGGAGAAUUUCUCACUCGUCCGAGGAAACAGAAAAAAUGAGAAGUCUGAGCGACGUGCACAAGAAGAUAUAUAAAAUUUUCAAGGUCGUUUGCAGAAAACGUAUAAUAGAUGGACCUUUGCGUUCGUUAACCUCGUAUAUGCUUAAGACCGCUGUUCUUCAUCACACGGAAACGUGUGACAGUAAUAGUAGCAUUGGUGCGUGUACGAUGAAGAUACUAGAGGAACUUCUGACGUUUGCACAACAGGAAUAUCUUCCAGAUUACUUUAUUCCUGAGCAAAAUGUUUGGGCAAAACAAAAUGAAAAUGACGUUGUCUCACCAGUUCCAAUUAUAGAAAAACUAAUUUUAGAGUUUAAAAGUAUUGCAGGCUGUGCCGUGGAAGAUUAUGACUUUGGACAGCUUUUUAAGUACUUCGAUAUGUUGAAGGAAGAGCUUGCUAUGAUAGAGGCCAACCUGUUUUCUGCCAGCCAUUCUACACUACCAGAUUUAGCAGAAGUCAACCCUGCAGACGACACAAAUAGUGGAUAA